UUUGCAAAAUAAUGACCGACGACAAGACCCGCUACGAGCACCCGCUCGUGUCCCGCUACGCCACGAAGGAGAUGAGCCUCGUGUGGUCGCCCCACACCAAGUUCUCGACGUGGCGCAAGCUCUGGCUCGCGCUCGCGCGCUCGGAGAAGAAGCUCGGCAUCGCCAUCACGGACGAGCAGCUCCGCGCGAUGGAGAAGGCCAUCUACGACAUUGACUACGCGUAUGCUGACGAGAUGGAGAAGAAGUUCCGCCACGACGUCAUGGCCCAUGUCCACGCCUUUGGCAAGGCCGCCCCCGAGGCCAUGCCCAUCAUCCACCUCGGCGCGACCUCGUGCUUUGUCGGCGACAACGCCGAUAUCAUCCAGCUCAAGCAGGGCCUCGAGCUCGUCCAGCGCAAGCUGCUCAAGGUCAUGAAGGUCCUCCGCGAUUUCGCUGUCCAGUACAAGGACAUGCCGACGAUGGGCUUCACCCACUUCCAGCCCGCGCAGCUCGUGACGGUCGGGAAGCGCGCGACGCUCUGGCUGCAAGAUUUCCUCCUCGACUACGAGCGCCUCGAGAACCAGAUCAAGACCCUGCCGCUCCGCGGUGUGAAGGGCACGACGGGCACGCAGGCCAGCUUCCUCGAGCUCUUCAAUGGCGACCACGAGAAGGUCAAGCAGCUCAACCGCCUCGUGGCCGAGCAGAUGGGCUUUGAGCACGUCAUCCCCGUCUCGGGCCAGACGUACACGCGCAAGAUCGACUUUUUCGUGCUCUCGAUCCUCUCUGGCAUUGCGCAGUCGGCGUACAAGAUGGCCGGCGACAUCCGCCUCCUCGCCAACAUGAAGGAGAUCGAGGAGCCGUUCGAGAAGAACCAGAUUGGCUCGUCGGCGAUGGCCUACAAGCGCAACCCGAUGCGCUCGGAGCGCGUCUGCUCGCUCGCGCGCUACGUCAUGUCGCUCACCGACAACGGCGGCCACACGCACGCGUCUCAGUGGUUUGAGCGCACCCUCGACGACUCGGCCAACCGCCGCAUCGUCCUCCCGGAAGCCUUCUUGGCCACGGACGUGAUCCUCAACUUGAUCGCGAACGUCUCGGACGGCCUCCAGGUGUGGCCCAACGUCAUCGCCGCGCACAUCAAGGCCGAGCUGCCGUUCAUGGCCACGGAGAACAUCCUCAUGGCCUGCGUCAAGGCCGGCGGCGAUCGCCAGGACCUCCACGAAGCGAUUCGCGAGCACUCGAUGGCCGCGGGCCGCCGCGUCAAGGAGGAAGGCGCCGCCAACGACUUGCUCGAGCGCAUCGCCAAGGACGCGCGCUUCGCGUCCGUGCACAAGGAUCUCGACUCGCUCUUGGACCCGAAGCUCUUUGUCGGCCGCUCGCCCGAGCAGGUCACCGAGUUUGUCACCGAGUGCAUCGACCCGAUCUUGGCGAGCCACAAGGAAGCCUUGAUGAUGGACGACGUCGACGCCAUCAAUGUCUAAACCACCGAAAUCCCAUGUGUACUCCAUGUCUCAACCAACACUGACAUGACUUCAAAGCCAGAAUUGCAUCGAUAAGGGGUUAAUAGGUUGAAAGGACGACGAGG